AUGUUAGGCAGAACGAUGCUCGGAGCCUACGAAGCUAUGUACGGUGACAUCCCGUUCGAUCCGGAGGCGGAGACGAGAAGAGGCAGGCGAAGCAACCGCGAACCAGUCCAGACCGGAAAGCGGAGGCCAAGGACUGAAUCCUUAAUCGCCGACGAGGAUCCAAACCACGCACGAGCACCAGCACGGGUGUCUACGAAGAAAACUCGUAAACUGGAGCCCGAGCCAGAAGCAACAAGCACAGUUACGAGAGCGGUACCAAAUCCUGUACAAGCCACGUCAACAAUCCCCUCUACGUCAUCCUCCAACAACCUCACGUCCUACGCUACCCCCAAAGCAAAAGGCAAAGGGGCAGAAAAAGAAGAAGAGGAUAGUACGAACCCGGAGGAAGACAUCACCUUUGUAGACGAUCAGCAGCUCUCCAAUAACAGCCUUUUAAAACUGUCGCACUGUUUCCAUCAAAGAAUGACCAAGCUGAAGAGUUACGUGCCAUUAACGGUAUUCAACAUGGAUUGGAUUGACCGAGAUUCAGAGAAGGCAAGUCAAAAGAAAUUAAAAACGGUAAAAGAGCUGCAGGAAGGUGACGACACUAUGACGUACUCGGGUUUACAACCAAAAGACGAGUUACUCCUCUCAUACGGCGAGUGGAUAGAUCAUAUGGAUUUGUUCAUCCGGUAUGUAGAAGAAUACUACCACAUGCCAAAAUGCGCCGAAAAUUUCAGGCAGCACAAGACGAACGUAAUCGACAUCAGAAGAUCGACUUCCUGCUGGAUGGUAGCCCUACGGUACUGCAUCAAAGUCAGAAAAUUAGUGAUGCAACACAGAAUGGUAGAGGGAAAGUGUGUAAUGAGUAAUGCGGGAGUACUCCACGAAGACAUACUCAGAGCAGCCAAAGACAAGGCAGAGUCUUUAGGCGAGCGAAGCCACGCCGAGAAUCCCUACAUAGCGACGGUAGAGACUCCUGAUCUCUCGGUGGCGAAGGAGCGUAGCUUGAUCAAGAGGGAAUUCGCCGCCGCCAAUCAAAACAACUCACACGGUAGCUGGAGAAACGGUAACCGAGAGGACCAAAACGGUGGGAGAAGAGGAAAGAGUAGGUAUCAGAAAAACAAGAACCGAAAUGAUAGACGAAAUGAAAAUGACCAAGGGAGAGCUCACGAAAGCGGCCAGCACUAUAACAAAGGGCAUACCACCUUCCCUUUCAAUUCUUUCGGCGGCCAUUACCAACACCAAUCCCAUCUUCCGUAUCAACCCUACGUCCCGUACCAAUCGUACUCAUACGCGAGCGGGAGCAACCAAGGUUUCAACCAAGGCGGCACCACCGCGGGUCCCAGCGAACCGAGCAACCAACUGGCCAUUGUGCCAAAGCCGGGAACGAGCGGGGGCGGAAACCAAAACGGCGCUUUAGCAAUCGUGCAUCGUAACAACACAAACAAAUGCUUGUAUGGUUUCGCGCCACCGAAGCUCAGCCGCCAAAAGAGGCCAUAA